CGGUACGAGUUGGUGCUGCGUUUGCCAGAUGGGGCUCGAACGCCCCAGGACCUGGAGCGUACCCUCAUCGAUACUCCGUCGGGACGUAUCCCUGUGUCUUCCAUCGCGACGGUCGAGCAGAACGACGGCCCAAACCAGAUUGGCAGGGAGAACGGGAGGCGCCGCAUUGUUGUCUACGCGAACACGGAUGGCAACGAUAUGAGCUCCAUCGUGAGCAAUAUCCGGAGCGUGAUUGGCGGGGUGACGCUGCCGGCUGGCGCGUUCAUCAGCCUUGAGGGACAGUUCCAAGCUCAGGAGCAGGCCGCGCAACUGAUUGCCAGUCUAUCCGUGCUGUCCCUGUUGCUGGUGUUCCUGGUCCUGUACUCCCGGUACAAGUCUGUCACGCUGGCGGCCAUCAUCAUGGCGAACAUCCCCCUCGCCUUGAUAGGCAGUGUGGUCGCCAUGUGGAUUGGAGACAUCAGCCUCUCUGUUGCCUCAAUGGUGGGCUUCAUCACGCUGGCCGGCAUCGCGACGCGCAACGGCAUCCUCAAGGUCAGCCAUUACAUCAACCUCUGCAAGUUCGAGGGGGAGACGUUUGACCAGGCCAUGGUUGUACGCGGCUCACUGGAACGAUUGACUCCAGUCCUGAUGACUGCGCUCGUUGCCGCGUUUGCUCUGACUCCUUUGCUGCUGUCUGCCGACGCACCCGGCAAGGAAAUUCUGCACCCAGUGGCUGUCGUCAUCUUCGGCGGUUUGGUGAGUUCAACGCUACUCGACACAUUGAUGACACCGCUGAUGUACCUGCGGUUCGGUCGCAAGGCGACAGAGCGUCUCAUCACCGACCAACCGGAAGAAUCUCACGACGUUCAACACGCGUACUGA